AUUUGAUAGUAAGAUGAAAAAGUAACUUACUCAUUUUUUGAGUUUGAAGUCACUACUCUAGAAUAUAUUCCAGUCAUAUGUGUUUUGACUGCAUAACAAUGCUAGAGACUGCCUACAUUGGUAAUGUAGACUCUUAUAUAUGAAUUGAUUUACUAACAUCUACCAGAUUGUAUAAAGUUCACGGUGGGUCAUUUUGUUCAGAAUUAUAUUCCAUUUUGAAGAAGAGGAUGUUCUCAGGAGAAUUAUGAUAUGUCACUAUAAAUACUGCUGCCUAAUAUUCAAUAUAUUGAGGUUUAAGUCUAGAUAUAGUUUCUGAAGAAAGCAUGGAUAGAAUAAAAUAAGUUUAUUUUAUUGCAUAGCGUCUUGUACACGCUAUACAAACCGACUAAUUUCAUCAAAAUAAUUAGCGGUAUUCAGUGAAUCAAUGAAAAAAGUUUGACUCCGAACAAAAUUUCAAAACUCAUUGUACAAUAAUAAAUGGUAAUUCAUUCCAUUCGUACAGUUAUGGAUUGGUUAGAUGCAACAGAAAAUCAUGCCUCAAGAAUAUUAUCAAUAUAUGAAAUGAAUUCACAAUUAAAUCAUUUUGAAGAAACAUUGGCAGAUCAUUUAAAAGCACUGAAGUUAUGUGAUCGUUUAUUGGAUAAUCUCGGUUCAAUUUAUCAUCGUGUACGUCCUUUAAAAAAAGGACAAACUAUUCUAGCUAGAGCUUUAACAGAUUUUGAAUCAAAACAGAUGAAAUGCAAGCUACAUAUGAAUCACUUUUAUAGGAUCACAUCCAAUCAAAAUCCUCAUGCAUGGCAGAUAAAUAAUCCCGGACAUGCAAUUCCGUCACUAUUCCUCGAUGUUUCUACUGAGUUUGGUGAAAAACUAAUUCUCAAACAACUUCAAAAACGAUUUGAAGAAUUCCUAAUCAUGUGUCAUGGUCGUGCUCGUCGUCAACUAUUCUCACGUAUUACAAAAUUAUUACAUAAUUCUAAACGUUACUCAACACUUCCUGCAAUGUUUAAACCAAGCGAUUCUCCCGUUUCUUCAAGCGCUCUCUGUGGCUUAUACUUUCCACGUUCACCUGAUCCAGCCAAACGAUGGCGUCCUUCAAACAAUGCUAAAAUAUUUUCUCGUCAACCAGCUUAUUUGGAUUAUGAAAGUCCUCAAGAGGCAUUACUACCUCAUACAAUCCGAAUAUUAUUGACUCGGUUAAGAAACUGGUUACAUCAGUUACCUCCUCCUGGUGUGAUUAUGGACAGUUCAAAGUUGUCAACAUUUAAUUCAAAUAAAUCCCAGCAAAAUAGCUUUAAUUUAAUCCAAGGAAGCAAUGUAGUCAAUGAACUGCGUAAAUGGUGGAAGUUCACUCAUAAAACAGUUGAAAAUCGUGAUCAAUUAGAAAAAAUAGUUGCCGAUGCUACUUUUAUAAAAAAAUUGAAUGAUAUUAUGCAAACAAAAAUUAAUACUGAAGUGGAAAAACACAGAAAGCAAUAUGAAUCAAAUAAAAAUCUGACUAAUUCAAGCACAUUUAAAAGCCAUCCAAAGCUUACUAAGGUCCUUGUGGAUGAACUACUCUCAAGAAUAGGAGCUCAAUUUUAUCACCCACGAUCUGGACAAUUUAGCUAUAGAAGUACUCAACGAGUAAUGGAUGGUAUUGAUAUAGCAUUACCUUAUACAUUUCCUGGAGUACAAAUAUUUGACAGAUUAAUUAAAGAUGGUGAUUAA